AUGAGUUGGAACGUCCGAGGGAUCAAUAGCCAACAAAAGCAAAGCACAGUCAAGCAAUUGAUUGUUAAUCAAAAAAUUGGGCUAGUUGGUCUUCUCGAGACGAGAGUUAAGGCCCGGAAUCUUGGGGCCUUAUAUGUUCGAAUGUUUUCGGGGUGGUGUUUUACCUCUAAUAGUGUGUGGCAUGAUGGAGGAAGAAUUAUAGUAAGCUGGAAUCCUCUAAGCUUUACUGUGAAUAUUUUGAAAUGCUCAAGUCAGUUGAUUCACCUCUUUGUUGAAACUGUGGAUAACAAGGCAAGUUUCUUUGUUACUUUUAUCUAUGGAUUCAAUGAUGAGGAAGGUAGGAGAGGCCUUUGGAGAGAUCUUCAGGAGCUUUCUGUCACGGAUUCUUGGCUUGUCCUUGGCAAUUUCAAUGACAUUCUCAGUAAAGAAGAGAGAAUUGGCAAUCGGGUAAGAUUCAAAUCCUCUUUGGAUUUUAUCAAUUGUGUUGGAACUUGUCAACUUGAAGAUGUUAAGUAUAGUGGAAACUUUUUCACUUGGAGCAAUAAGCAACAAGGUGAAGAGAGGAUAUACUCAAAGAUAGAUAGAGUAUUGGCAAAUCAGAAAUGGUUGGAUUUGUUUCCUAAUGCUGAAGUAAUUUUUCAGAAUGAAGGACUUUUUGAUCACAUACCUGCCAUUCUUACUGUGUAUGAUGUGGUUUUGAGUGGGAAGAAACCUUUUAGAUAUUAUAGGAUGUGGUCUUCUCAUCCUAAAAACUCUGAAAUGGUUACCAAAACAUGGCAGCAGCAGGUUAAAGGGACUAAAAUGUAUCAGGUUGUGACUAAGCUUAAGAGCCUCAAGCCGAUUUUUAAAGAUAUUAAUCAGCAGGGUUUUUCAGACUUGCACUCUGCUGCAAUUAAAGCUAGAGAACACCUGAAUAUUUGUCAAGAUGCAUUGCACCGAGAUCCUAUGAACCAGGAAAUGCAGCAACAGGAGCUGGAAGCAAGGAAUUCCUAUGCUAAAGUUCAUAAUGCAUACCAUUCUUUUCUCCAACAAAAGGCUAAAUUGAGUUGGGUAAAAGAUGGUGAUGAAAAUUCAGCAUUAUUCCAUAGUAGCAUUCGUGAAAGAAGGGCCCAAAACAGAGUGUUGUCUAUCACUAAUGCCAAUGGAAUUCGGGUAGAUGAUCCACAACAGAUUACUGAUGCUUUCUUGGAGUUUUACAAGAGUUUACUGGGCUUUAAGAAAGCCAUCUUUGACAUUCCUGGUCUUAAAGCCCCUGGUCCGGAUGGCUAUAGCAGCUAUUUCUUUCAAGAAAAUUGGGAUCUUGUAGGUAAUGAUGUUUUUGAAGCUCUAACUUCUUUCCUUCAUACAGGGAAAAUUUUAAAUGAAAUCAACUCAACUGUUUUGACACUUAUUCCUAAAAGUAAGUGCCCAAAUGCAGUUAGUGAUUAUCGUCCUAUAGCAUGUUGCAAUGUCCUUUAUAAAGCUGCUACAAAGCUAAUCUGUUCGAGGCUCAAAGUUAUUCUUCCAAACUUGGUGGCUCAAAACCAAGGAGGGUUUGUUAAAGGGAGAUUCAUUGGUCAUAACAUCAUGAUAUGUCAGGAUCUUAUUCAACAUUAUGGGAGGAAGUCAAUCAAGGCUAAUUGUAUGAUCAAACUUGAUCUACAAAAAGCAUAUGACACUAUCGAGUGGGACUUCAUUGAAGAAAUGCUUUAUGCAUUCCAGUUUCCAGAUAAGUUCAUUAAGCUGAUUAUGAACUGUGUUCGAACUCCAAGAUUCUCACUAAUGUUCAAUGGCUCGUUGCAUGGUUUCUUUGAGGCAAAGAGAGCAAAGGAGUACAGCAUUCUUGUUGAGAAAAUGGUUGCUCGAGUCAGGACGUGGAGCUCUCAAAACUUAUCAUUUGCUGGCCAAGUAGUUCUAAUCAACUCAGUGCUGAUGUCUAUCCAUUCUUACUGGUGUCAAGUGAUGGUGCUGCCCAAGAAAAUUGUUAAAGAGUGGCUGAAUUGGGGUGUGUGUUCAACAUCAUUGCCAAGAAUAAUUCGGUGGAUUGGAAAGUCCAAGCUUAGCAAGUUUAAGAAGAGUUUGUUCUCGGCUGCCAUUGCCACUCUUGUGUAUCAACUUUGGCGCACCAGAAAUUGCAAUCUGUGGCUGUCUUCUUUGGACAAUACUGAUGUGGUCUUCCUUUUGGAGGAUGCUUCUAGUUUGUACAAAUUGAUUUUGGAGUAA